AUGUCUAGCUCGGCUCGUUUGCAGGACAAGGUAGCCAUCGUCACCGGCGCCUCAUCCGGUCUAGGACGAGCGAUUGCCAUCCGGUACUCGCAGGAAGGGGCCAAGGUGGUCUGCGCCGAUUUGACACCAACUGCCCGAUCACAGGAAGAAUCUGACAUCACGACACAUGAUCUUAUUGUGAAAAAAGGAGGAAAAGCAACUUUUGUGCAGACGGAUGUCGGGGAUGCAGCACAGAUGGAGAAUCUGAUUCAAGUAUCUGUAAGGGAAUACGGACGACUUGAUAUUCUGGUCAACAACGCCGGCAUCAGUAUCGAGGCACGCAAACCAGCUGUCUUGCACCUCACCGAUGAAGAGACCUGGGAUACGACGAUGCGAGUUAACACCAAGUCUGUAUUUCUGGGUUGUAAAUAUGCUCUUACACAAAUGCUAGCGCAAGAGCCUCAUUCGUCGGGGGAUCGUGGCUGGAUUGUUAAUAUUUCUUCAAUUAUGGCCAUGAUUGGAGGUCCGGAAAACCCCUCUUAUUGCGCAUCGAAGGGCGCAGUUAGCAAUUUAACAAGACAGAUGGCUUUGGAUUAUGCGCCUGAUAACAUCCAUAUCAAUGCACUUUGUCCUGGCUAUACACAAACUGCUAUCUUCAAGGAGACCACUACUAAUUUGACUCCAUGGGAAGAUCUCAGACGUCGGCAUCCUCUCAAAGGGCCGGGCAUGCCGGAGGAUAUUGCUAGGAUGGCUGUUGUAUUGGCAAGUGAUGAUGCCAACUGGGUGACUGGCAUCUGUCUCCCAGUAGAUGGUGGGUACACUGCUCGUUGA